AUGGGGGUGCUGAUGUCCAGGAAGCAGACGGUGGAGAGGGUGCAGAAGGUCAGCUUGGCCGUGUCAGCCUUCAAGGAUGGGCUGCGGGAGCAGCCAUCGACACGGCGUCGGGCGGAGGCGGGGACCGCACGCCAGGGAACGCUGGAGCAAGAGGUGCAGGAGGGAGAGGAGGAAGUGUUGGCAGGACCUUCCCAGCCAGAAGAGAGCAGUGCCAGCAAGGCAGCCUGGGAGCGGCUGCGGGAUGGCCGGGGCGUGGAGCCAGAGGAGUUUGACCGGGCCAACAGGUUCACACCACCAGCCUUCAUCCGACCCAAGAGGGAGCUCCACGAUGAUGAGCCCCCGGACAUCAGCCUGGAGCAGAGGGAGCAGAUUGUGAAUGAUGAGAUGUGUGAGAUCUGUGAGGUGUGGACAGCCGAGAGCCUCUUCCCCUGCCGCAUCUGCCACCGGGUGUAUCACGACGGCUGCCUGCGCCGCAUGGGGUACCUGCAGAAGGACAGUGCUGUGGAGGUGACAGAGACGGCGCACACCGAGACAGGCUGGAGCUGCUACUACUGCGACAACCUCAAUCUGUUGCUGACAGAGGAAGAGAUGUACAGCCUGAUGGAGACCCUGAAGAACUGCAAGAUCAUUCCAGAGAGCUGCCUGACCCUGGAUGACUUCCUGCACUACAAACACCAAGUGCACAAGCAGCAGUUCGAGCGGACCAUGCCCGAGGCAAAGGAGGAGCAGGCAGCCCUGCAGUUCAAUGCCCUGGACCCCGACAAGAAGGGGCAAAUUGAGUGGCAGGACUUCCUCUCUCAUGAGUCCAUCCAGCUGCUGCAGAAAAUACGGCCACAGAAUGCCCUUCUGCGGCUGCUGACACCCAAGGAGCGAGAGCGGGCACGGGCAGCCUUCCUAGCCCUGGACCAGGACAAUGACGGCUUCAUUGGGGAGGGUGAGUGCCGCCAGGCCCGGCACACCUGGUUCCGCAAGCACCAAAAGGAGAUGCUUUCCUGCAAUGUCAGGAGCGGGGAUGAAGAGCAUCCUCCUUCUUGCCACAGCAUCAGCCAUGUGGGGCCCAUAUCAGAGGGCAGCCCUGCCAGCAGCAGGAAUGGCAAGAGCCCGGAAAAGAUCCUGCCAGCCACAAAGCAGGAGGAGACCAGGAGCAUCGACUGGCCUGGAUUCCUGCGGGAGAACGUUGCCUACAUCCUGGCCGCGCGCCCCAACAGCGCUGCCCUGCACCUGCAGCCCCUCGCCUAG